AUGUAUAUACCAUCAUAUCCACAUAGUUUUUGUCUCAAUGGUCAAAGUCCUCUUCAAACAUUAACUAAUCAACAGUUUAUUAUUCAAUCUCAUCAAUAUACAUUGAUAAAAAAAAUAAAUAGUGGAUCAUUUGGUACUGUUUAUGCAGCUGUCAAUGAAGACGGCAGGCGAGCUGCUGUCAAAGUAUUUAACAUUGGUGGAUGUACAAGUACCGUGGAACCACUUGAGUUACAGCAUUCAAUAUUAAAAGAAAUAAAAAUAGCUUACAAAAUGCGACGAGACCAUGAAAAUGUUGUAACCAUUUAUGGAUUUGAUUUUAAUCCACACUUAGGCAUAGCAAUGAUUGCUAUGGAACUGGGUAUGGAUAAUUUAACAACAUUAGCACAAAGAUAUCAUUCUCUAAAGCAACAACGCCGAAAUAUACGUGCAACGUUCGGUGCAGAUUAUCGUAAAUCUGGUGAUUAUAUUGGUUCAAUUGAAAGAAAAAUUAUAUGGAAAGAAUUGGUUAAAAUACUCGAGGGUUUAUUCAGACACAAUAUUAUUCAUCGUGAUCUCAAACCUGACAAUAUAGUUCAGUUUGAAAACCCAUCAAUUCCUCUUGAUUUGAAAAUUGUGGAUUUGGGUAUAGCACAAAAUGCAUAUGAAAGACAAAUUGGUACGCCAAUGGGUACACAAUAUUAUAGUGCACCAGAAUGUCUGGAGAUAUAUCAUAUUACAUUUAAAGCAGAUAUUUGGUCAGCUGGUGCGAUACUCUAUUUCAUAACCUAUGGUAUU